UACAGGCAGACGUGCGAAAGCUUUCCCAUAACUGUUCCAUACCCCUAGCAGUUUGGACGCGUCGCAUUCAAUACUCAGAAAUAUAAGAAAACUUAAAAUGAAUACUGAACAAUUUCGAAAGCAUGGCAAGGAGAUGGUGGAUUAUAUAUGCGAGUAUUUAGAGACAAUAAAACAAAGAAGAGUGACCCCAACGGUAAGUCCAGGUUGGUUGAAGAAUAAAAUUCCACUAGAAGCACCCGUACAGCCGGAGCCAUUUGAUGCCAUAAUGGAAGAUGUAGAAAAUAUUAUUAUGCCAGGAGUGACUCAUUGGCAACAUCCAAGAUUUCAUGCCUACUUUCCCUCAGGUAACUCAUUUCCGUCGAUUUUAGCAGAUAUGCUAUCUGAUUCUAUAGCAUGUAUAGGCUUUUCAUGGGCCGCAAGUCCAUCGUGUACUGAAUUGGAAACUAUAGUAUUGGAUUGGCUUGGUAAAGCAAUUGGAUUGCCAGAAGAAUUUUUAACAUUUCCAGAAGAACUUUGUAACGCUAAUGAUUCUGUAAGAAAUAAUGAUAGUGAAAACGAAAUACAUAACGGCAAAGGUGGUGGGGUACUGCAGAGCUCAGCAAGUGAGUGCAUUUUUGUAUGUAUGCUCGCAGCUCGAGCUCAAGCAAUCAAAAGAUUACGAAAACUUCAUCCAUUCAUCGAAGAAGGUGUUCUAUUAUCAAAACUAAUGGCUUACUGCUCUAAAGAAGCACAUUCGUGCGUAGAAAAAGGUGCAAUGAUGGCGUUCGUUAAAUUACGCAUUCUCGAACCUGAUGAAAAUAAUAGUUUAAGAGGUGCUACACUAAGACAAGUUAUGGAACAGGACGAGGCGAUGGGCUUGAUACCAUUUUUUGUUUCCACUACAUUAGGCACAACGUCUUGUUGUUCAUUUGACAAUAUAGCCGAAAUCGGUCAAGUAUGUCAGCAAUUCGAAACAGUUUGGUUACAUGUUGACGCAGCUUACGCAGGGAGUGCAUUUAUAUGUCCCGAAUUUCGUUCUCUAAUGAAUGGUGUGCAAUAUGCAGAUUCUUUUAACCUCAACACAAACAAGUGGUUGUUAACAAAUUUCGACUGUUCAUGUCUUUGGGUAAAAGAUCGGUAUAAAUUAACUUGUGCUCUGGUGGUUGAUCCUCUCUAUUUACAACAUGGCUAUGCUGGUGCAGUGGAUUAUAGACAUUGGGGUAUACCAUUAAGUAGACGUUUCAGGUCAUUAAAACUUUGGUUUGUGUUGCGAACAUAUGGGAUAACUGGUCUUCAGAAGUAUAUUAGACAUCAUUGUCAAUUAGCAAAAAGAUUCGAAAGAUUAGUCAGAAGCGAUAAUAAGUAUGAAAUUUUAAACGAAGUUAAGAUGGGUUUAGUUUGUUUUCGUUUGAAAGACGAUCCGACAAAUAAACUGAAUAAAAAGCUCUUAGAAACCAUUAACGAAUCAGGAAAGCUUCAUAUGGUCCCAGCUUUAGUACACGACAAGUAUGUCAUUAGAUUUUGUGUCGUAGCUGAGCAUGCAACAGAAGACGAUAUUGAUUAUGCUUGGAAAAUUAUAAAAGGAACAGCAGUAACAAUGUUAUACAAAGAACAAGAACUUACAGAAAAACGAGAGGAGCAAGUUGAUGAAGUCUUUGAGUUAUCUGAACGUAAAAAGAAAGAUGAUUUAGCAUAUAGGAGAUCCUUCUUUGUACGAAUGGUCAGUGAUCCAAAAAUAUAUAAUCCAAAAAUUGCCAGAUCUUCACCUGGAUCGCGCAGACAUACACAUUUAAGUUCUAUGGAUGAUGAUAUUCAUGAUUUGUUGUCAACAGCCACAAGUGAUACAGAGGAUACAAUGGCACAACCCGCGAGCUCAUGGAUAAGUUGGCCACUAGCAUUCUUAUUUCAAGGAGUGUUUGAUGAUAAAGAAGGAAAUGAUGUGCCAGUCAGAUUUAGACAUUUAGCAACUAAAAUGCACUUCAAAUCAAAAAGCAAAUCACCAGAGCAUUUGGCAGCAGAUGACAAUAAAUCACGGCGUAAUUCUCCAGUAUUUCCAAGAAAAUUGAGUUUUGUGAAAACUGAAAAUGAAAAUAACACA